AUUUUAAAUUCUAUCGUAUUUAUAAAAAAAUAUGGUAACAUUUUUUUGUGCGAAUGUUAUCAUUUGACGUUUAAGCGAGACAAGAUCGCCUAAGUAUGCCAAACGAGUAAACAAUUUUGUAAACUUUUAUUACAUUGUAGUAAAUCUUUUAAUACUAAUUUAAAUAAAAUGUCCGGACCGAGUUCUAAUGCGAUGCCGGCUGGUGUUGUUAGGAAUAGUGCGUUGUCAUUCGUUGCGUCUGCGCAGGCCACAGACGGAUCAGACGUAGCAGUUCCGGUCAACCCAGCUGCUUUGGCUGUAGAGGGAGAACAGAUGACUCAAACAGAGCGUUUGAUGCCUCCAGGCCUGACUCCUCUUUAUGAAGCCUGCACCAAAGUGUACCCUGACCAGCCCAACCCACUUCAAGUGACCACAAGACUUAAAUAUUGGUUGGGAGGCCAGGAUCCUCUUGACUACAUCAGCAUGUACUGGAACCCCGGGAGACCUGAUGAGAACAUACCACCACAUUGGCAUUAUGUUAGCUUCGGUCUAUCAGACCUUCACGGUGAUGGCCGAGUUCAUCCGGAGCCACACGGUUGUUCUGGUUACGGCCUAGAGCUGACCUUCCGUCUGGCCAGUGAGGACAAGCAGCCUCCACUCUGGCCCGCCGCUCUCUUACAGGCUCUUGCUAGAUAUAUAUUUACUACCGGUAAUAAGUUCGUGUGUGGCGACCACGUGUCCUGGCACGCGCCACUGGACGGCUCCUCCUCGAGGGUCCGUCACCUGUUAGUAGCGACCGACCCUCAGUUAGAGACCACCAACACCUGCCACGGCAGCGUCACGUUCUUACAGAUGGUGGGUUGCACUAGUCGUGAGUUGCGGGCGGCACAGAGAGGUUCAGGGUUUGAAGUGCUGAACAUGAUCAGUGAAGAUCCGAGGUGUGGAGGCGCUUGGCUGGUGACCCGCACCCAGAGACGCGUCUCAGCUCGCAUCCAGCACCAGAACGUGCAGAAGCCAGCUCACCUGGCCGGAGUGUCCGCUAGGGUCGCCUGGAGGGAGUACAGCAGUGCAGAAGAUCAGUCCAGCUGUCUAACUCCCAGCGUUGAACAACAGAUCAAGGACACACUGCAGCGAGGACUGAGCUCAAUGAGUGACAGAGGAAAUGAAGGUCAUAAGAUGUCCACCGAUAGUUUCAAGAUGUCUUCCAUAGAGAGAGCUCUGCCACAGUUACCGGAAAUGAUGCAGGGUUCCUGGCGCGGAGACGAAGUGGAGUAUCUGAAUGGAGUCCACUUACUCCUGAACGCGGAAGCCGCCAGCCUGCUACCGCUAGCUAUAGACGGUCGAGUGCUCCACGAUCGUCACUUCACGUGGCGUCAGGGUCCCCGGACGGUGACGCUCCUGACCCCCGCCGUUGGAGGAGCCUUCGUUACCAGGGCGAAGCCCUACGCCUCCAAGGGACCUUGGCUGCAGAUCCUGAUUCCACCGGAGCUGGCUGGUGAUAUGUCCAAGCAAGUGUCCGGCCUGGCCAGGCUGUCAGACAGUGACUCGGAGAGUGACGAGGACAGUACGGAGACCUCACCCAGACCGAGCAUACCUAUAACACUCACAUGGCCUCACUAUAGACUGAGCAUCUCUGUACUACAUGACCUAGAAAUAUUAUAAAUAUAAAAUAUGCACUUC